UGCAAGAAAAGAAAGUUCGUGACCUUGCGAAAAAGUGUGGUAUAGCUCCCGAAAACCUCCCUACGGUUCUUCAAAAUCCAGAUAUUGUCACUCUUGUUCUGAAAUAUUUCAAGGAAAAAGAAACCGACGAAAUGCCAGCACUUUUAUUUGAUUGGAAUAAUGCAGGUUUUAAUGACACUGCUGUUCUAAAUUGCCGUAAUGGUAUCGCAACACAGACCCAAGCGUCUAUAAUUGCAAACCUCCUUGCAAACGGUGCAACUAAUUAUGGAAAUCUGAACAUAUUAUUCGUUUUUCGAGAUGGUCACGCAAUUGGAGAUUGGGCCGAAAAUGUAGAGACAAACCUACCUUG